AUUCCGGAAAAUCACUGCGCCCCAGUCAUUCCCAGCCCUCCCUGCCCCCACAUGAGUCACAGGGGAGGCUGCUGCUGCUGCUGCUACUUAGUAAUUUGGAAAAGUAACUCUUUCCUCCUUUCCGUUCCCUCCCCCGCAGCACACAAGGAGGCAACUGUUGGAGGCAGGGGGAGGGGAGGAGGGCGCCAAUAGAGCUUGCCACCGCGAGAAACCCUAAACCUUGGAGGCUGGGAGACCCAGCCGAGCUCCUGCCUCGGACCACGCUCGCCCUCCCCUCCCAGCACCCACCUCAGGCCAGGAUUGCGCUCGCAGGCCGCCCCUGGGCUCCCGGACUGUAAGCCCUCCCCACCCCGGGGCAGAGAUAAAGAGCUAAGACCCCGGAGGGGCUACGCAGCCAGGAACAGCAGGCCUCACAGGCCGGGUCCUCGUGAAAAAGCACACAAACUCGAUAGGGCCGAGGCAGAGCCUCCAGCACGCCAUGUGACGGCGACGAGCCUGCUACCCUUGACACAAAGGGAGCUCAGGGACGCGCCUUCGGAGUCCCUGGGGAGGCAGGGAGUCGGCGCCAGGGAACCACACCAGUUCACAACCAGAGCUGCCAACUCCAGAGCGCUCGCGUCCCACGACCAACACUCCCACUCGGCCCACCGGCUCGCCCUUCCCUCGCCCGCCAAAAAGAUGCCAUCUCACCUGGCUCCAGAUUCCUGUACCCCCCCCCAGGGGACGAUGGCAAGGGAGACACGCCACCCUCGCCCCUUUGCCCUCCAGUGGGUACGUAGGCACGAGGUUGGCCAUUCCCCUCCCCCCCAAGUGGCCCUCUCGGGCUGGCCCCAGUCCACACUCCCAUUGGCUGUCAGGUGUUUGAAAGACAAGUCUUUCCCCCUUGGGAUUUUCCUCCUGAACCCCAAGAAUUCUUCCCACUCCCCACCUUUACUUAUGUAUUUAAAUGACCGACGGCGUCCCCGCCCCAGGGGCCCCUGCUCACCUGGAUCCAGGAGCCACGGGGGGGCCCUCGAAAGUCGCCCUCAGCCAGGCUGGGGGGGAGCACGGAAUCCGGGGUGUCAACCCCCCCGGAAGCCAAGAAGGCGUUGGGGGAGGGGGCGUAGCCCCCAGCCCCUCCCUUCCCUAGCCGCUGGGGGUGGGGGAAAGCAUCGGGGCCGCGCGGCCACGUCAGCAGCCCUCGGACUGGCUGGGCCGGGUCACGUGUCCGCUCCCCCCACGGCCACGAGGGCGAGGUUUCCGAACACUGCCGAGGGUCGUGUGCGGGGUCACAGGGGCUGCACGGCUCAGACAUGCGUCCCGAGACCCCAGACCUCGCCAAGGCUGCUGCCUCGCCAAGUCCCCGGCCUCCCGCGCGGCCGUGGUCGCCCCCGUCCCCCCCACUCGCCUCUCGACUUGAAGCACACACAGCCACAGUUUCUUCCUCACCUCCCCCUCCGCAGCCCACCACAAUCUGGAGUUGACUCCUACUACAGUUGGGAGAGUGUUCUCAGUAAAUGUGCCUUCCAUCGUAUAACUGCCAGAUCUGACACUCCUCAGCCCUUCCUGCAUCCAGAGUGGGCCACUCUGCUUCCAUCACCUGGGGCUGCCUCCCCCCCCCCCACUGUGUUCCCGGCACCUCCAGAUUCUUGGGAUUAGCAUAUGCGGUGUUAGUUACUCUCCGAAGAUCCUCCCGGACUUGGUGUCCCUCCUGGCUUUCCUGGCUGGCUUCCUGUGGAUUCUGCCAGCAGUAGACACCGAAGAAAACCCAGAAACUUAAAGCUUCAGUCUCCCGUCCGGUGACAGACAGUUGUGGCCCUUGUUGGUGGAGGUAGCCAUUGCAGCAGUGUGGAUGACAGCUUCCUCGAAGAAGCUCCUCCAGGAUCCUGAGCUUGGUGGCAGCUUCAAAGGAGAUGGAUCUCCAUGGCCUCCAGUGCCUCUACCUGGCUGCCGCAGAUGCAGACGGGGUUCUGGCUCGGGCUGGGGCAGUGUCUGGUCCCACCCUCCAUGUCUUGUGGCUUCAGUUGCAGGAAGCCUCCACCCUUUGGCCCUUCCUGCCUCCUUACCGUCUUCGAAUCUGACUUUAUACAUCCCGUUCUCCCAAUCUAAUGUGCCUGCGAACCCAGCACUGGGUGGCUAAGGCCACUCUGCUGUGAGUUUGAGGCCGGCUCUAUAGGGACGUCCAUCUCAACAAAGCAAAGCAAACGAGCCUGGAUUCCAGGCGUGGCUCAAUGCUCCUGCCUGGGGGCUGGGUGGUAGCUGAUGAGGUUGGACCCCUGCAGCCCUGAGUCUGUGACCCCCUUUACCUUCAGCGCAGUCUACUUGGUGAUUUGACCCUCUGCUUCAUCUGUGGUCCCUCUUCCUCCACCUCACCACUCCUGUGGGCUGUUCCACAGCACCCCAAAUUUAAAACAUCUACGAUCAUAUCCCCCCCAUCUCCUCUUCCUUCCUCUUCCCUCCUCCGUUUUGUCCCCCCCCAACCCAACCCAACCCAGGGCCUCAUACAUCUUAAGACAAGUGCUUUACAAAUAGACUACAGCCUUCUCUAACCCAGACUCAAGCUGGCCUUGAACUCACUUGGUAGCCCUGUAGGCAUAAAUUGUUUGCAACCUACUUUCAAUAAGGGUUCAACCUUUCUUCUAACCCACCACCCAGCAGAGGUAGGGGAACAGAAAAGCUACUAGGAUGUGGGGGGGAGUGGACCUGUUCGGCAGUAGUUCUUUGGGGGGUGAGCUCGGUCUUCCUCGGCAGCAGUUCAAUCCCACAACAAACAGCAAAUAAGACGCAGCAGCUGCAGACCGGCCCUCUAGGCAGACAGACAGCACGCACGAACCAGCAGCUGCAGUCCAGUCCUUUCAGCAAGCAGACACCAGGCUGUAGUAGUUCAAUCUUGAAGAAACUGCCAGGCUCACCAACAGCCUGAGGCGAGGCCACCAGAGGCAGCAAGCUGCAGCUGUACCACAAGUCCCACAAGUCGAGCUGUAUAAGGUGAAACAAUACAUGUGUCAUUAGCGAAGAAUAGCGAGGCGGAGCAAACCAAACCAAUGGUCAGUGCUCCUCCCCUACUGCCUGUGAGGUCACAUUUAUACUCCUCCAUCAUGGGUCCCUUCCCGUGUCUGCUAUGUCCAAACACCCUUUCACCUGUGUCUGCUUCAGGAAAACAGCCUUUCCCGUGUCUCCUUUAGCAAGUCUUCCUUUCACCCGUGUGCCCCAGCAAACCAUCAUUUGACAUAACUUUUCCAAAGAUACUGGAAGUUUCCUCUUUGUAGCCCGACCUUGAACUUGCGAUCUUGUACUCCAGGCCCCGAGUAUUGGGGAUCAGGGGUACUCAUCUCCAGGCCCAGCUUCCCCAUCUUUCAGUAAGCCCUUGGUAGCCAAGCCCUUCAGAGCCAGCUUCCUCAUCUAUCCCAGCGUUCGAGUGCAUUUUCUUUGAGUAUCACCUCAUCUGGGACCUUUUCAUCUCCAGCCUUUUGUGAUGGGAAGGCACAUUAAUGUCCACUCCUGACAAACGGAGCCAGUUGGCCAGUGGUUUUAGGUUUUCCCAAGUUCCAGUGGUUUGAGAUAUCAAAACCACUCAAAAAUGCUAAAUUUGCCUGCUGACAGUGGCACACUCCUCUAAUCCCAGCACUCUGGGAGUCCGAGGCAGGCAAAUUCUUAUGGUUCAAAGCCAGCUUGGUCUUCGUGGUAAGUUCCAGGCCAGCCAGAGUGCUAUGCAGUUAGGCCUUUUCUUAAGAUGAUGAUGAUGAAAGAGAGCUGGAGGGAUGGCUCAGUGGUUAGAGCACUGACUGCUCUUCCAGAGGUCCUGGGUUCAAUUCCACAUGGUGGCUCACAACCAUCUGUAAUGGGAUCCGAUGCCCUCUUCUGGUGUGUCUGAAGACAGCGACAGUGUACUUAUAUAGAAUAAAUAAAUCUUAAAAAUAAA